AUAAAUCUGCUUCUCUUUGUUCCUGCGAACAGAACGGAAUUGUUCCAUUAUUACUAUCACCUGCGGCACGUAAUAAAUGUGAACCCUUGCACCGAGAUAAUCACUGAAUGAGGUCCAUAGCAUAGUCUUUUCCAAUGUGACAAAGUUACAUAGUGUCUAUUUUUCUUUGAUGAAGGGGUAUUUCCAUGGGUUUGCCUUGGUAUCGUGUUCAUACUGUCGUAUUGAAUGAUCCUGGUCGCUUGCUUUCUGUCCAUAUAAUGCAUACAGCUCUAGUUUCUGGUUGGGCCGGUUCUAUGGCUCUAUACGAAUUAGCUGUUUUUGAUCCCUCUGAUCCCGUUCUUGAUCCAAUGUGGCGACAAGGUAUGUUCGUUAUACCCUUCAUGACUCGUUUAGGAAUAACCAAUUCAUGGGGCGGUUGGAGUAUUACAGGAGGAACUGUAACCAAUCCGGGUAUUUGGAGUUACGAAGGUGUUGCCGGGGCACACAUUGUGUUUUCUGGCUUGUGCUUCUUGGCAGCUAUCUGGCAUUGGGUGUAUUGGGAUCUAGAAAUAUUCUGUGAUGAACGUACGGGAAAACCCUCUUUGGAUUUGCCCAAGAUCUUUGGAAUUCAUUUAUUUUUAUCUGGGGUGGCUUGCUUUGGGUUUGGUGCAUUUCAUGUAACAGGUUUGUAUGGCCCUGGAAUAUGGGUGUCUGAUCCUUAUGGGCUAACCGGAAAAGUGCAACCUGUAAGUCCUUCAUGGGGCGCGGAGGGUUUUGAUCCUUUUGUUCCGGGGGGGAUAGCUUCUCAUCAUAUUGCAGCGGGCACCUUGGGAAUAUUAGCGGGUCUAUUCCAUCUUAGUGUUCGCCCGCCCCAACGUCUAUACAAAGCAUUACGUAUGGGCAAUAUUGAAACUGUGCUUUCCAGUAGUAUCGCUGCUGUGUUUUUUGCAGCUUUCGUUGUUGCUGGAACUAUGUGGUAUGGUUCAGCGACUACUCCGAUCGAAUUAUUUGGUCCUACUCGUUAUCAGUGGGAUCAGGGAUAUUUCCAGCAAGAAAUAUAUCGAAGAGUUAACGCCGGGCUAGCUGAAAAUCUGAGUUUAUCGGAAUCUUGGUCUAAAAUUCCCGAUAAACUAGCUUUUUAUGAUUAUAUCGGUAAUAAUCCGGCGAAAGGAGGAUUGUUCAGAGCCGGCUCAAUGGACAACGGGGAUGGAAUAGCUGUUGGGUGGUUAGGACACCCUGUCUUUAGAGAUAAAGAGGGGCAUGAACUUUUUGUACGUCGUAUGCCUACCUUCUUUGAAACAUUUCCGGUAGUUUUGGUAGAUGGAGACGGAAUUGUGAGAGCCGAUGUUCCUUUUAGAAGGGCAGAAUCCAAGUAUAGUGUCGAACAAGUGGGUGUAACUGUUGAGUUCUAUGGUGGUGAACUCGAUGGAGUCAGUUAUAAUGAUCCUGCUACUGUGAAAAAAUAUGCUAGACGUGCCCAAUUGGGUGAAAUUUUUGAAUUGGAUCGCGCUACUUUGAAAUCCGAUGGUGUUUUUCGUAGUAGUCCAAGGGGUUGGUUCACUUUUGGACAUGCUUCGUUUGCUUUGCUUUUCUUUUUCGGCCACAUUUGGCAUGGUGCUAGAACCUUGUUCAGAGAUGUUUUUGCUGGUAUCGACCCAGAUUUAGAUGCUCAAGUGGAAUUUGGAACCUUCCAAAAACUGGGGGAUCCAACUACAAGGAGACAAGUAGUCUGAUACAACAUUUCUUUCAUAUGUCUAGCCUAUGUUUCAUAUAGGGUACUGGAGAAAUAUUAAUUCGAAUCAUCACCUAUUACUCUUGACCUUUACUUGUCUGGGAAAUGAUCCCAAAUGAACAGGUAUGGAAGCUAUAAUUGUAAAACACGAUCGAAUCUAUGGAAGCAUUGGUUUAUACAUUCCUGUUGGUCUCGACU